AUGGAGAAAGAAGUUAACAGGAAAGAUUAUUUUUCAAUAGAACUUGAAAACAGUGAAAUUGAACCUAAUUGUUCUCCAAUAUAUAGAAAUCCAAGCUAUUCUAAAGGAAAAUUAUCCAACUUAGAAGGAUUAAAUGCAAACAAUUUAUGGGAAUUAUUUGUGAAUUCUGUGAACAAAUAUAAAGAUAAAAAAUGUUUAGGAACAAGAAAGUUAAAUAGGGAUGGAACAUAUGGUGAGUAUAUUUUUAAAAGUUAUGAGGAGUUAAAAGAAGAAGCUUUGAAUAUUGGUAUUAAUAUAAUGAAAAUGGAUUUAUGCCCAAUAAAAAGAUAUGAAGAUAAUGAAUAUCAGAAAGAAAUUAGUAUGAUGGGCAUAUUAAGUAAGAAUAGGGAAGAAUGGUAUUUAACAGAACAUGCAUGCAAUGCAUUUGGAAUAUGCUUGGCUCCUUUAUAUGAUACACUAGGUGAAGAAAAUUUAAAAUAUAUCCUGAUACAAACACAAUUAAAAAGUUUAUGUAUAACAAAUGAAAGCCUAGAUAAAAUUAUAUCAAUUAUUGAAAGAUCAAUUAUUGACUCAACUAGAGAUUCAAUAUUAAUCAAGAAUUUGAUAUGUUUUGAUGAUCCUACAAUGGAAAUUAAUCAAAGAGCUGAGAAGUUAAAUAUUAAUUUAAUUUCAUUCAAUAAAUUACGAGAAAAAGUUAGUAAAAAAGACAAGGAAUUGUAUAAACCAAAGAAAAUUAAACCAGAUGAUAUGUGUUCAAUACAUUUUACAUCAGGAACAACUGGUUAUCCAAAAGGAGCAGUAUUAACACAUCGUUGUUUUUUAGCAUGUGUAAAAAGUUCAUAUGAACAUUUAUUUUCAGAAAAUGAAAUCAAUCUAGAUGAUGAUGCACAUUUAUCAUAUCUUCCUAUGGCACAUAUAUUUGAGAGAUUGAUUGUUAUGAAUUCUUAUUAUUUGGGUAUCCCUAUUGGUAUUUUUAGUGGUAGUGUAACUAGAUUAAUGAGCGAUUCACAAGAAUUGAGACCAACUAUAUUGGUUUGUGUACCACAAGUAUUAACACGUAUUAUUCAAACUGUGAAUGAAAAGAUAAGUCAUUCCAAUUUUUUGGUAAGAACAGUAUUUCGCAAAGCUUUAACACAGAAAGAAUCUAUUAUUAAGACUAAAGGAGAUCCAACACAUUGGCUUUGGGAUAGGAUUAUUUUUAGUAAUACAAGACAAAUUUUGGGUGGUAGACUGAAAGCUAUUAUUAGUGGAGCAGCGCCAUUAGGACUGGACAUUAAUCAUAAAAUACAAGCUAUUUUCUGUUGUAGACUAAUUGAAGGAUUUGGUAUGUCGGAAUGUAUCGGUACUUUAGGUACCAAAUAUUCAUAUGCACAUUUAGGAACUGUUGGUGGCCCAUUUAGUGAUGUAGAAGUAAAAUUAACAUCAGUAUUGGAAAUGGGAUAUGAUUCAACAAAGGAACCAAGAAGAGGAUUAUUAAAGAUAAGAGGAAAUAGUGUGUGCAAGGGUUAUUUUAGGGAUUCAGUAAAUAGUAAAGAAUUAAUUGAUGACAAAGGCUGGUUAGAUACUGGUGAUAUUGCAGAGAGACAAGAGGAUGGGUCAUUUAAGAUUAUUGAUAGAAAGAAAUCAUUAUUUAAAUUAUCUCAAGGAGAAUAUAUAUCACCAGAGAGGAUUGAGGGAAUAUACUUAUCAUCAUCACCAUUAAUUCAACAAGUUUAUGUAUAUGGCAAAUCAACUGAUAGAUUCUUAGUAGCUCUAGUAUUUCCAAAUGAACAAGGAUUAAGAAAAUGGUCAAAGAAUAAAGGUAUUAAUGAUUCAUUACCAUUAGAAGAGCUAUGUGAAUUACCUGAGUUAUUUGACGAAUUAAACAAUUCUUUUCAUAAAGCUGAAUUAAGUUCAAAUUUAUUCGGUUUUGAGAGAAUACAUCAAUUUAAGGUAAUUCCAGAAAUAAUGAGUACUUCUAAUGGACUAUUAACACCAACUAUGAAGAUUGCUUGGCUUAGAGUUAUAGUUAGUAAUAGCCGAGUAUUUAGUAUUGAACUUUUAGCUAGUAAUAGGGUGGCAGUUGGUAUUGGGCUUUCAGCUAAUAGUAGGGCUGUUGCUAGCAUUAGGCUUGAAGUCACUACGUUUCUAGGUAGGUUUGGGCUCAAAAAUAUUAUUAAAGUUGUAAUUAGUAUUACGCUUGAAGUAACAUUAGGCUCAGAGAAAUUAUUAAGAAUUAAAACUCUCUGA